CUCACAUCAGGACAGUGAAGCUGAAGGCAGAAGAGUUUGAAAACAAGAUUUGACGCAAUUGCCCAUUUGAAAAGCAAUACCACAGUACAGCGCUCUUGUGAAGUAAUUUCCACGUUAUGCAAUAUUCUGUAAACAGGUGGGAAACUGUGAGAUAGACGCCGCAGGAGAAGAUAUAUGAGUGAAGGGCUUCAUGUUGCAUUACAGAAUGGAAGGCUGUGUUAUUUCACCUUUGCCAGAAGAAUUAAUUCCGUAUGACCCAGAUGCUCGGCCGAUAUAUGACUUCUACCCGUAUCUCAGUACUGACCCUCAGACUCAUCCUGAAAGUGGAUGGGACUACACAAGUGUUCACGGCCAUCACAGUGAAUUUGAGCCUCCUCAAGGAAACCAUUUCACUGAGCUGCAUCCCAGCACAUACCGCUAUGGAGACGUUGAGUCCUUCCAUCCAUCCGUAGAUUCAGGAAUGGGAACACUUUUACCUGUCGUUCCUCCACAGUAUACUUACGUCCCCCACCCACUGUACCAGCGGUCCCCCGUCCCCCACUGCAGUACUGAUGACGAGGACCCCGGGGGACGCAGUCCACCCUUUGAGGUGUCCGAGGGUGAGGAGGACAACGACAGACAUGCAGGCAUCUCCAGCUCUCUAUCAGGAAACAAGCGGAAAGUGCGUCUCUAUCAGUUCCUCCUGGACCUCCUGCAGGACGGAGACAUGCGGGACUGCAUCUGGUGGGUGGACCGAGAGCGAGGCAUCUUUCAAUUCUCUUCCAAACACAAGGAGACACUCGCCGGCCGCUGGGGCCAGCAGAAGGGAAACCGCAAGAGAAUGACCUACCAGAAGAUGGCCAGGGCCCUGCGCAACUACGGCAAGACCGGCGAGGUCAAAAAGGUCAAGAAGAAGCUGACGUACCAGUUCAGCAGCGAGGUGAUGAGGAGGAUGACUACAGACAGGAGGCAGUAUCAUCACUGACAUUUCCAUUAGAUCCAGUGUCUCUUACCUACAACAUUCACAAAUUCUCUCCUGCCAUUGUUCUGCAGCAAAACAUGUAAUCUCAGGGAUAUGUAAAACUAGGCAUAGUUAAACUAGGGAUGUAAUAUCGGAGUAGCUGACAAAUGGACAUGGACAAAAGACAUUUUUAAGGUUAAAGUUUCUGUAUUUGUAAAAGAGUAUAUGCUUCCGUGUUUUGAUGCUGUAACUGGUCAAUAUUUCUUUGUUUCUUUUUCACUUUUAAAUCGGCUUGAUUUCACUAUUGUUACAUUUCAAUUGUCCAAUGGUGUGACAAAUGAAUUGUAAAUAUUUCAUGUAGUCUCUCAGUUAAUAUAGUUAUGAAAACUGCAUGCAUAAUAAUAAUAAUAAUACAUAAUUCUUAUAAUAAUGUUAGACUUAUAACUCAGGACAUUUCAACGUGUUCAGACACAUUUUGACUUUCAUAUGCUUCACCCAAACAAAACAAGUAAAGCUUUAACUUAUUUUAUGCUUAUUAAUGCUAAAAAUCUGUCUAUAUUAUGUGGAGGUGUCACAAUGCUGAAUAAACGACCCUGGAAGUCCGCCUUGAAAAUAGCUUAUUUACUUUUUGUUGGGGUCGUAAUUAGCAACUAAUAUCUUUAAGAAAUUCAAGACUCAAGGCAUAUGAUUCAUGUUUGAAAAUAUAUUUUUAAAGUAUUUCUAUCGAUCUAAAUAAAUGCAUACAAAUCUUACUGAACCCACACUUUUGAGCUGUCCAAUGACAGGCAUUCAAGAAGUUACAUAUGAAUAGAUAUUAUUCUUAUUUAUAUUUUAGUAUUAUUAUACUUUAUAGUAUUACAGCCAUCAUUUUAUUACACUGUAAAAAGUGAUAAGCUGACUUAACUUAAAAAAAAAUUGAGGAAACCCGUUGCCUUAACUUAUUUUUUUAAAUUAUAAUUUACUUAAUUUUAAGUGAAUUGUCAAGUUCACUUAACUUUUUUUUUUUAAAUGAAUUUUUUUUUUUUUAAAGUCAAGUCAAUUUAUCACUUUUUACAGUGAUAUGUCAGAAAAACAGUUAAUGAAGUGAACAGUGGGAAAGAUUUUGAGGGCCUAUAACAAUUCUGGUAGUUUUUGUGUAUUUACAUAUUAAUUACAUACAAAUAUUAAUCAAACAAGUACAGCAAAGGACAAGCAUGCAGUUUUACUGCAACUCUGAUAACUCGCAUAUCUGCUUUUGUUAUUUAUGCAAGUAUACAACAUUGUCAGAUUUCUACUACGAAUUAUACUUUAAAAUUACUUUAUUAAAAAUACUUAUUUGGCAGACCAUGAUAUGAAUUGACAAUCCAAAAAGUUACUUUUCUAGUAAUUACAAGAAUGUCUCAUCUAAUGAUGUUGCUCUAUGCUGCCACCCAGGGGACCAUCAACAACAUGCCUCACAUACAAAAACAAUAAAUGACUCAGAACUUGUGA